GCCCUAAGAACACCAUCCUUCGUUUUGUGGUGAAGUUCUUCCCCCCUGACCACACACAGCUGCUGGAGGAGCUGACACGGUACCUGUUUGCUCUCCAGAUAAAGCAUGAUCUGGCGUGUGGACGUCUGACCUGCAGCGACACUAGUGCUGCUCUGCUGGUCUCACAUAUCGUCCAGUCUGAGAUCGGGGACUUUGACGAGGUCCAGAGUUUUCAGCACCUUCUUCACAACAAGUACAUGCCUAACCAGGACGCCUUGAUGGACAAGAUCACAGAAUACCACCACAAGCAUGUAGGCCAGACGCCAGCCGAGUCAGACUAUGAAAUACUAAAGCGUUGGUCUGUGUCCUGUGUGUCCCCAGACGCCAGACGAGUCAGACUAUGAAAUACUAAAGCGUUGGUCUGUGUCCUGU